AUGAAUGACAGAUUAAGUAGAGAUUUAACGAAAAUUUUUAUGGACAAAAGAGAAAUUGCAAAGGAAGAAAUAGAUCCCCGAAAAAAUUGGCUUAAGAGAAUUUUGAUUAAUAAUAAUUCAAUUGAUUUAAAAAAUUUUUUAAAGGCAAGCACUUUCAAAAAAAAAGAAGUAAAUUACUGUAUUAAUUGCAAAGGAGUUAUUAAACAAAGUUAUUACUUAAAUGCAAAAAAAAGUUUUUGUGAUUUAUGUGAAGAAGUUUUUUGUAUGUAUUGUGUAAAAAGUAUAGAUCUAAUGAAAGAUACCAAACUAAAAUAUAUAAAAAUAAGAUUAUGUAAAAACUGUUUUAUUUAUAUAAAUGAAUUAAAAUAUAUUAUACACCCAAAUUUGUCUAUAGAUAAAAAAGCAAUAGAUCUGGAAAAUAUUUUUAAUAAAAUCUCCAGUUGUUAUACAACAAUAUGUGGUAACAUAUCUCAAUUAAAUGGAUUAAUAUUAUUAUGUGAAAAUAAUAAAGAAUUUCUGGAUGAUUUUAAAAAAGAAAUAAAACAUUUAACAGAAAAAAUUGAAGAAGAUGUAGAGUUCUUAAACAGAAUGAAAAAAAAAAACAACUUUAUUACAGAUAACACUUUAAUUCUUAAUAAAAUGAGUAAAAAUUUAUUCUUAUACUUGAAAAUAAUUAGAAGUAAGAUUAUGCCUUGUGCUGUUGAGGUUUUAAAGAAAUCAAAGGAAUUACUAUAA